AUGGGAAAUGUGCAGCAUUAUGGUCAUGAUGAUACAGUAGUUCAGCAGGAGAUCAGCUUCUCGGAGAUCAAGGAUCCCGGUGUCACUGGGAACUUCGAGAUCAAAGUCAACGGCGCGUUGGUGCACUCCAAGAAGACGCAGGGUCCGGGUCAUGGCUUUCUGCACAACUGCGAUGCCUCCCAGCAGGCAGCUGUCCUCGAAACUUGCUUGAAUGCUACGGGAAGCUACUGGCAUGGUGGUCGGGCCAGCCGAUGCUUGUGA